AUGUUUUCUUUUCUCCUUCAGUGCACACUUUCAACACCCAAAGUGUUUGAGCGAGGCUAUUUAGAUAUUGUUAUAGAUAAAGUUCGCUCUGGAAGGCUUGAUAUCGGUUUCUUCAACCGUGAAGCUCCAAAUUGGUUCGCAACUUUAGAGCCCGGAUUAAAAUGCUUAAGCGGACAGUACUGCUUCAGAGGUGUUAAUGCAUCGAACUACAAUCCAGGAAAUUCAGUUUCCUUCGGUUCAGUUUUUCUUGAUAAAGUUGAAACAAAGCCAGCAGAUUAUCCAACAUCUCCAUGCAAUAUCCCCUAUAUGAUAUGUUCAGUACCACGAAAUGAACAAACUUCACCAGAAAUCAUCAUUACAAUGAAAGAAAACGCAGAUGUUCCAGAAAACGCUGUUCCAAUUGGGAGACUCAUUAGUGGAAGGAAUAUAAUACAAAAAAUUGCAAAUUUUGUUGAUUCAGGAAAUGAUAUCAAUAAAGUUCGAGUUUGCACAUGCGGCAUACAAUACGAUAGAGAUGAUGAUUACGAUAUAUAA